AUGUCCGUCCUUUUCUUCUAUCUUCAAUCCGAAGCGCCAAACUCACACAUACAUCUGUUUUCGCUUGGUGCGAUUUACCCUCUCUUCUUCAUUGCGUGUGUGUGUGUGUGUGUGUGCGCGCUGCGUUCGGAGGGAUCGGGGGUGCGCAUCGGCGUUCAGGGGAAUCGGUGGUUCGGGUUCGGGGUUCGCGUUUACUAGCCCGGAUCUACCUACCCUACAUAUGCUCCCUUAAGAGAGUCUCUAUUCUGACAUCACUGACUGGGCUACGUUAAAAAAAUAUUUUUAUCGUUUUGACAAUAGAUUAUAUAAAUAAUAAUAUAAAACCAAACUAAGUAGAUUACGAAAGUCAGAGUUGGGUUAUGCUUUGGAAUUUAAUAUAAAUACUACAUUUAUGUUUAACUUUUUGACUUGACUGAUUUUUUCUUUUUUUUUUUUUGUUUUUCCCUUCGGAUGAAGGGAAUUUGAUGUACCUUCAAUCUCUAACUUGACUGAUCAAGUUACAUAGGUUAUGUUAGUGAUCUCCGAAUUUUUUUCAAAUAUUUGUGUGUUAUAUUCUGGUAAAUAUUUACAAUGGUGUCAACACGAGGACCGAAAUUUAAAUUUUGUGAUGGAGAAAAAGUCUUAUGCUACGAACCAGAUCCUACAAAAGCAAAAGUAUUAUAUGAUUCGAAGGUACUUGAUGUUAUUGUAAAUAAAGAUCAAAGAGGAAGAAAAGCUGUUGAAUAUCUCAUACAUUUUCAAGGUUGGAAUUCAUCUUGGGAUCGUUGUGUGACAGAAGAAUAUGUGCUUAAAGAUACAGAAGAAAAUCGUCAACUUCAACGCGAUUUAGCACAAAAAGCACAGCUUCAACUUGGUGCUUAUUUAUAUCGUCGUGAACGCAAGAAAAGAAGUCAUAAAAUGUCAGAACGUUUAGCUGAAACAGAACAUCAAGAAUCUCGUCGGAGAGCAAGAAGCGGUGGCAGUCGUGCUACAUCAGCUACUACUGGAUCUUCAGAAGAUGGUAGUUCAGGGCAGCAUGCUGAUUAUGAUACAGAGGAAGCAAAUACAGAAGAAGAUACAGAGAGUAGCUCUGAUUAUAUGGGUGAAACAAGUGACGAUGAAGACAGUGGUGGAGGUAGCCAAUCUGGAGUCAGUAUUAAGCCAGGAAUUGAUAUUAAUAUAGGUAGUACAUUAAAACGGAUUUUAGAACAGGAUCAUGAUCUAAUAACAAAUAAAAACAAGCUUGUAGUUCUUCCUGCACAACCUACUGUGAUAAAUAUUUUGGAAUCCUGGGUGCAACAUUUUACUACAACUCAAUUGACAAAUAUUCCAGAAAAACCUCAGCGGAAUAAAACAAAUAAUACAAUAGACAAAACAGUAAAUGAAGUAAAUAUAUGCAGAGAAACUGCAGAUGGUUUACGCAUAUAUUUUGAUGUCACAUUACCUCAUCUUCUCCUGUAUAGGCAAGAAAAGGAGCAAUAUUGUUCCCUAAAAUCUUCUUUAUCAUGUAAUGAGCAAGCAAAUAUUAUUACAAAAGAAGAACCAAUUGAAAAUCUGGAAACGUCAAGAGAAGAAUUUGAGGAUGCAGAAUAUGCUCAUUUACCCCCUUUUCAAGAACAUGAUUCAGAGAUGGACAAUACAUCUAAACCAUCAAACAAUUCUAAGCGUAGAUUGCGAUCGUGUCGUGUAAGUUCAGUUGAUGAAAACCGGCAAUUAAGAUCGUAUGACGAAGGAAAACAAGAUGGUGGUAAUUUAUCGAGUAGCAUAGCAAGUACAAGUUCCCGUUGUUCUAGCCCACGAGGUGUAACACUAAGAAUGCCGCCUGUUGUUACAUCUGCUCAAGUAAAUGCUUUACUUCAACAAGCAAAUAAAUGGAGAUUAAUGCCCCAAACUUUGAAACAAGGUGAAAAUUCAACAAAUCCAUCUACUUAUUAUGGUGCCAUUCAUUUAACUAGAUUAUUUGUUAAAUUACCUGAAUUAUUGAAAUCUACAGAUAUGCCAAGUAAAAAAUUGAAAGUACUCCUAAAAUAUUUGGAUAUGUUUCUAAGCUAUCUGGAGAUGCAUAGAGAAUGGUUUGGAGAACAAUUUUAUAUGCAAGCGGAAAAUCGAGCAGUACCACAAAUGAGUAAUGCUUAAUAAUAUAUAACAUUUAACAAUACAUUGCUUUCCUUAAUCUAAAAUAUGAUUAAAUAUAUAAUAAUAUACUUAAUAAUAUUAUGUAAAAGUAUUUUUAUGGAACAUAGAAACAAAAAUACAAGAAGAAUCUUUUUUAUAAUUAUUUUUUUUAUAUGUAAACUUUGAUUAACACAAUCUAUUUUAACAUAAAAUGUAUAUAUAAUAUAUAAGAUAUAAAUGUAUAUAUAAUAUAUAUAAUAUGUAAGAUAUCGAGAUUUUAUAAAUAAAUAAAGACACAAGAAUUAAAUAUAAAAUUUAAAACUAGCAAAUCGA